CAUCAAAUUGGUCAAAAUCCUGGACAAAACUAAACUCUUUGAUUAAAAUGUGUCUUUUCUGUUAGCAUUAUCUAUCCUUUUAAGUGGAAUUUUGCUUUUUGCAGAAAAAACAUUACAUCUACAUUUUUACAUUUACAAAAAUGCUUUUAUAAACUAAACUUUUACACGAAUUUUUGCCAUUUGAACAUUGUGCCCCGCGUUCCGUAAUCCGUUGUUGCGUUGUAUCAAACUCAACUGCCUUACUGUUUACGGAAACGGGGAAGCAAAUAGCAAUGGCAUCAUUUAGAAUUCACGAGGAUCAAGAAAAUGCUGCUUUGGGAUUAAGAAAAGAUGCAGAUGUGUUUUCAGCUGCAACACAAAGGCGUGCGUUGGGUGAUCUCGGCCAGUUUGCAUGCAAUCAAAAUCGCAAUGCGAAACAUGUUGGAUUAGGUAACGGACCAUGUAAAGUUCAAGAUGAAAAUAGAAAUGUUCGUCAAAUAAUAAACGAAAAAAAUAUCGUGCCCCCCGUGGCUCAAUUUCGCGCGUUUAGCGUUUAUGAAGACAAUUCAGAAAAUGAGGUGAAGAAAAGAGAACCAACCUACAAGCCCUUUGUUGCCAAAGAAAUAAAAAAAGACAACUUUUUCAUCAGUGCUGCUGAGAAUGUCAAGGCUCUAUGUGCUCAAGCAGAAAAGCAAAGUGAAAAGUCCAAGGAAGCCGCUGAAGUAAGAGCACCACUGCAAGAAAAAGUUGAAGAGAAAAAAGAGCAUGAUGUUGUCGCAUCACCAAUGUCAGUUGUGGAUUCCAGCAUCCUAUCAAUGUCAAUAUCUAAAAAUGAGAGUCAAAUGCUGGAUGAUACAUUGGAUGCCACAACUGCACAGACCGAUAAAGAGAUGUUCUUCCAUGUCGCUGAAUACAGGCAGGACAUAUAUGACUACAUGAAGGAAAUAGAGGUAAAAAAUAGAGCAAACCCUCGUUACAUGAGGAAACAGCCCGAUAUAACACCCGCAAUGAGAUCCAUACUUGUUGACUGGUUGGUGGAGGUCUGUGACGAGUACAAUCAGCAGAGUGAGACGCUGCACCUAGCUGUCUCGUAUGUGGAUAGGUUUUUGUCAUACAUGAGUGUUGUCAGGACUAAGCUCCAGCUUGUUGGGACAGCGGCUACAUACAUUGCUUCAAAAUAUGAAGAAGUCUAUCCACCUGAAGUAUCGGAGUUUGUCUACAUAACAGAUGAUACCUACACGAAGAAGGAAGUGCUGCGAAUGGAGCAUCUCAUAUUAAAAGUUUUGUCCUUUGACCUCUCCACACCGACAUCACUGGCUUUCCUCUCAAACUAUUGUAUUUCCAAUGGCCUAUCAAAGAAGACCUUUAAUUUGGCUGCAUACAUUGUAGAGUUAACUCUGCUGGAAGCCGACCCAUACCUGCAGUUCAAGCCGUCAGUGAUAGCAGCGGGUGCCCUGGCGACCGCGCGACACUGUCUCCUGUGUGACGCCUCCGACUGCCACCUGCCUCACGACGACCAGUCACCACGCUCACUCUGUGCUGAUACCGCAUGGCCCGCGUCUUUAGUGGAGAACUCUGGCUACACCCUACGUGAGCUGGAGCCCUGUAUGCGGGAGCUCGCCAGGUCACACUCUCACGCCUCCCUUCAGCCAUACAAGGCCGUACCUGACAAGUACAGUAACAACAAGUACGAGAGUGUAGCAUCAAUCGAGCCAAAGCCAAUGUUCCCGGUCCGUAAGUAUCAACAGGCCGCGCCCGUUACCAACGCUCGCCCGAGUGAAACCGCGCGCACUACCUAGUAUGGCAUCCUGUCAUUGUGGUUGGUUGGAUGAAUCAAACAUGAAAUCGCAUUUCGGCCUAUCCUAGACAAGUCUUGACUGUACUGCCCUAACGUAUGACUGGAUUUUUUCUAAUCUACACAAUAUAUAAUGAUAGAUUAUCACAUUCAUUCCUUAUGCAUGGGACAGAUAACCAAUUUGGAGUAAUUUAAUAAAUGGAUCGACUGAUAAUACUUGGAUAGAUGGAUAAUCUUGAUAGUAUUACUUUUAAGUUCACUGGAUUACUAACUUUUAUGGAAUAAUGUUAAACUGCUAGCGACAUAUUAUCGCAGCACUUUUAAAUAUGACUUUGUUUAGAGUGGACUGUGAAUAGUCUUUAUAAGAUUCUGCUUCUAAACAUUAGCGGAUUUUUGCGAUUAGGUUAAUACCUUAUCCCUACUUAUUUUUUGCAUGGAACUAUUGACCUGUUUGGAGUGUUAUUUUAAUUAUUAAGAAAUCUUGUUUCUAGAACUUUACUAGCUUGUCGAUAUCAGUUCAUUCCAUAUAAACAUUCAAGUAACCUUAUUUUGGGGUUAUAUAGAUCAGUUUGACCUAUACCUACUGCGUCAAAAAGACUUAAAUAAUACAUUUUGAUAGCUUUACUCCAAAAAUAAUAAUUAAGUUCACGUGAAAAGCGGUAAUUAUAAAUUAUUCUUAAAAUUUGAUGCAUUAUUGGUUUACAAUAAUUAAAUCUUAAACUUGUGCUUUUGUGUUGACGAGUGCAAAUUUAUUAUCUUUUAAUUUAGUUCAAUUGAAAUUUUAACUAUUUUUACAGAUAUAACUUGUUGUAUUUCACCAUUUCUUGAAUGUUAAUGAUUUGCACAGUAUAUAUUUUAUUGUUUUUAAUUUAUUAAUUUAUUUUAUACACACGAAUGUCGUAUUCUGGAAUGCAAAACUACCUUGAUACUCUAAAGCAUCCACGUAAGUGACUGUAUGCUAAGGUGAAAAGUAAUUCUGAUUAUUAAUAAAUUAAAAGCUUUAUUUCUCGCGGACCAAUACACCUAAUAAUACAAUUACAAACCUAGUAUUAACUUUAGUGUAGUAUUAAAUAAUAAUUUGUCAUAAAGUUGAUGAAGAAGUGCUAUUAUUUCUCAUGAGCACUAAUAUAAUUCAUGUUUGUUAGUAAAUUAUUAAUUUUGAGAUAUAAGGUACUUUUUUAAUGAUGUUGAUAGGUAGUUUAUUAUGUAAUUUAAUAUGAUGAAUCUGAAUUUUUUCGUCUGAGCUCUUAUUUAUAGUGUUAAUAUAGUAUUAUUAAAACGA